AGAUGCUCUUGUAUCCCUGUCCCUGUCCCACUAAUAUCCAAACGCCACCUAGGGUUUUAUUCCGCAGCCGCAGCACGCCGCCGGCGCAGCACGAGACCACCCUCUCCGGCGAGAGAGGAGAAAGCAGCAGCAGCUCGAGGCCGAGACCGAGCGGGAGAUGAGGCUCCUGACGCACAACAUGCUGGCAUCGAAUGUCAGGGGCGUGACCACCGGCUACCCGCUGAAGCUGGAGGCGACCAAGUGGUGCACCAAGGAGGUCGAGCUCAACGCCGACUUCAUCCGCGGCGUCCUCCCCAAGAUCGACUGGCGCGCGCUCGUCGCGGCCACCCGCGCGCUCGACCUCCCCGAGCUCCUCCCUGAGGAGCAGCCGCCCGAGGAAGAGAUCUUCGCCGAGGGCGCCGCUGACGUCGAGGGCAGCGCCAUCCGCCGCAUCCACCACGCGCUCCUCGAGAUCCACAUCCAGGAGGGCAGCCUUGUCUGCCCCGAGAGCAGCCGCUGCUUCCCCAUCGACAAGGGCAUCCCCAACAUGAUGCUCCACGAGGACGAGGUCUGAUAUGGUGUGUAGGUCUCGCCCCGGCCGCCUUUACUUACUCACCAGCUCGUUUGUCGGUUGUCAGCUAGGGAUCCAUGGUUUGGACUACUCGGAUUAUGUCUGUGAAGUAUGAAAUGCGGAUCGUGACGUUAUAAUUUGAUAGAUAACCGUGUUGUUCUGCUCGGAAUUGCGGUUUUGUGCUGGUGAUUUGAUAUACCUCAUGCUUUUUUGUGAACUGUGGACAAUGUGUUUGCUGCCCUAUGACUACAGAAAUUGAGAGGAACGCUGUAAUUUCUUCA